AUGUUCCUGUUUUUUAUUACAGAUGCCAGAAGAGUGCACACGCUUUCUGCUCGUGCCUUGAACCUGCUGCGGCCCGGGCCCGUUCUGUUGGCAACAGGCGGUGGCUAUGCAGGGUACCGGCAGUAUGUGAAGUACAGGGAGCGGGAGCUGGAGAAGCUGGGACUGGAAAUUCCACUCAGACUUGCUGGUGAAUGGGAGUACCUCCUUUCUACAAGGAAUACUGAAAGCAAGAGAAGUAUAAAAACGGAGCAAGGCCGGGUGUUUGGCCACCUUACAAGCAGGGAGGAGAAUAAACAUCCGACCAGGACUGAUUCCUGUGAGGCCGAGGUCGGACCUCCCUCCCCUCUCCAAUUUCCUCCAGUUCUGACAGCCGCUGAUCAUUCGCUGCAGUGGUCACAUAGCACUUACAGGCAAUACGAUUACGGGCUUCUCUGGGAAGUAACCGUGUAUGACUUUGGAUCAGGAAGGACUUUUGGACUCAGAAGUAACAAGAACAACUCCAGGCUGCACUUCCCCCAGCUGGCCCUGAGGCGGAGGCUGGGACAGCUGAGCUGUAUGUCCAGACCCGCCCUGAAACUGCGCUCCUGGCCCCUCACCGUCCUCUACUACCUCCUGCCCUUCGGCGCCCUCAGACCGCUCACCAGGGUGGGAUGGAGGCCUGUGAGCAGGGUGGCCCUCUACAAGUCUGUGCCGACCCGCUUGCUGUCGCGGGCCUGGGGCCGGCUCAACCAGGUGGAGCUGCCCCACUGGCUGCGCAGGCCCGUCUACAGUCUGUACAUCUGGACGUUUGGGGUGAACAUGAAGGAGGCGGCUGUGGAGGACCUGGGCCAUUACCGCAACCUCAGCGAGUUCUUCCGACGCAAGCUGAAGCCACAGGCCCGGCCUGUGUGCGGUCUGCACUGUGUGAUCAGCCCAUCCGACGGGAAGAUCCUCAGCUUCGGGCAGGUGAAGAACUGCGAGGUGGAGCAGGUGAAGGGCGUCACGUACUCCCUGGAGGCAUUUCUGGGCCCACGUACCUCCGCGGAGGACUUGUCCUUCCCGCCAGAUACCUCCUGCCCCUCCUUCAAGAGCCAGCUGGUCACCAGGGAGGGAAACGAGCUCUACCACUGUGUCAUUUACCUGGCUCCUGGAGACUACCACUGCUUCCACUCCCCGACUGACUGGACCGUCUCCCACCGGCGCCACUUCCCAGGCUCCCUGAUGUCCGUGAACCCCGGCAUGGCCCGAUGGAUCAAGGAACUCUUUUGUCACAACGAGCGGGUGGUCCUGACAGGGGACUGGAAGCACGGCUUCUUCUCGCUGACUGCUGUGGGGGCCACCAACGUGGGCUCCAUCCGCAUCUACUUUGACCAGGACCUGCAUACGAACAGCCCAAGGUAUAGCAAGGGCUCCUACAACGACUUCAGCUUCGUGACGCACGCCAACAAGGCAGGCAUCCCCAUGCGCAAGGGCGAGCACCUGGGCGAGUUCAACCUGGGCUCCACUAUCGUGCUCAUCUUUGAGGCGCCCAAGGACUUCAACUUUGAGCUGAAAGCAGGCCAGAAAAUCCGCUUCGGGGAGGCGCUGGGCUUGCUUUAGAGCCCUGCCCACUGUGGCUGCUGAGAAAUUGUUUCCAAAAGGAGGUGCUUGCAGGGAACCCCACGAGACCCCCAGGUCAGGGGCUUUCUCAGGGCCCUGUGAGUCUAGCCAGGUUGAACCCACCUGACUUGUCCCCCAACCAAGGAAUGGGGCAGGAGGUUCCCACCCUCACCGUGGGAAGAGGAGCACCCCUGCCAUCCUCACUUGCCUAUCCCUCCUGCCCACAAGGAGCCAGCAGCCCAGGCUGGCUAGUCUUAAAGCAAACACUUUGGAGCUGUAACCUGGAGCUGCCUCUCCUGGCAGGGUGUCCCCUGGUGCCUGGAUGGUUUCAGAUGAUCAAUGGCAACGUGUCACCUUACAGCUCUCCCCCACCUGCCCAUCGGCUUUCUGAUCUCCCCUGAAGCCUGCUCCCUGCAGGGAAUGAGGGGCCCUCCCUGCCCCCGUGGAGCCACACAGCCUUUAUGACAGUGACCCUCCGGUCCGCUGCCCAGUGGGAGCUCCAUCUUCCUUCUCUGUGCUGGGGUGGAACUCGCCCCCACAGACUACAUUUUUGCCAAGGUCCUUGGAUGGAGGUGCCGGCAGGCUGCUGCUGAAGCAGCUCAAGGCCCCUGUAGGCCAAUGGGCGGCUUCCCAGAGUGUAAGACCCGGGGCUAGGUGUGCCCAAGUGGAGGUGUACAGGCAUCCCCAGCUGUGGGAGAGCUAAGGAGCCUUAAUGAGUGUGCAGUCAGUGCCUAGAAAACAAAACCUGUCCCCAACUAACAAGUAUGCCACCCAUGGGGGGCUCCGCCGUUGGAGACAGGGUCAGGUUCAUGUUAACCCUGGGGACGCUGUGAAUUUCUCCUGCAGGAGAAGCCAUUGAACUUUCCUCAACUGUAUCAGUAGCACAGUAUUUUUGUAUGAAAAGCGGGAGACUUCUGAACAGUAAUUCAUUUAAUUGCAAACAUUUUGAAAUAAAAAAUGCACGUC